AUGGCUCCCGGCGGCGGCGCUCUCCGGCGAACGACGACCACGGGAGGCGCGCGGCCUGCAGACAAGUCCCGUCGCUGGGAGACGCGGCUCGAGAGGGAGCUCGAAGGGCUCUGGGCGGACCCGCCGGAGUGGUGCCUCCCCGGCGCCGACGCGACGGACCGCCUCCGUUGGCAGGUCGUCGUCGUCGGCCCCGAGGGAAGCCCCUACGACGGCGGGGUGUUCGCCGUCCGCCUCGAGUUCCCGCGCGACUACCCCUUCAAGGCUCCCAAGGUGUUCUUCGCCACAAAGGUUUACCACCCCAACGUGGAUCCGAGGACUGGGCUGGUGUGCCUGGACUUCCUGACCGACAAGAACUGGUGGACGCCCGCGUGGUCGGUGGACAAGGUCCUGCUCGUCGUGGUCUCGCUUCUGCACGAGCCUGUCAUGGACGGCGUCGCCAUCAACCGGGAGGCCGCGUACCUCUACAAGAAGAAGAGGCUCGUGUACGAGGAGAUCGCGAGGGCCAAGACCCGGGAGCACGCGUCGGCGUCGGCGUCGUCGACAGAUGUGUCGUCGUCGUCUUCGUCAGAUAAUAAGGAGCGCCUGCGCCGCCCGUCGUCCCGGGGCGUUUCCCAGCUGUGCCGUCGUCUCACGAGGAGGGUGAAGUUUCUUCGGACUUCAGAAUAGGUGGCAGGGGCCUGCAGCGCUGCAGGAUGCCCUUUCCUGCUGAAAAAAUUUCUGCGAUCGAUGCUGGCUGGAGCUGGACAAGUAGGUGACGAAUUCUUCGUCUUGAGCAUUGAGGCCGUUCUAUGCUUACUACUAGGCUUACAAUACAUCAUUCUAGUUCCAUUAGUGUUCAGUUAUGGAGAGAUUUGUGCGUUCUUUGGAUGGUUUAGAAAAUGAUUAUUGUAUAAAUG